UUGGAGCCCUACCGCGGGAGGAGACAGACGCUGGUGCCCGAGCUCCUGCCGAAGCAAGGCUGCCCCGAGCCCGGUACCCAGAGGAUGCCUGGUCGAACCUGCCCCUAGCCCGGUACCCAGAGGACGACUGGUCGAGCCUACCCCAAGCCCGGUACCCAGAGGAGGACUGGCCGAGCCUGCCCCAAGCUCGGUACCCCGAGGAGGAGUCGAGCCCACCGGUACACCCAUCCCCUGAGGAGCCCAUGCUGGUAGACCCCCCUGCUGAAGCCGCAACGACACAGGUUUACCUCCAUCCCAGAAAGAUGACUUGCUCCAGCCUGUGCUAUCCAGAAUGCGGAGUGGCCCGGCCCUGUCCGGUCACUGGUACCUGCAACGAGCCGUGCGUUAGGCAGUGCCAAGACUCCGAAGUGGUGAUCAGACCCUCACCAGUUGUUGUGACCAUCCCAGGACCCAUUCUCAGCAAUUUCCCUCAGCACAGUGCAGUGGGAGCUGUAGGAGCACCUGUGGUCGGACCCGGUUACGGAGGCUCAUUCGGUUGGGGGGGCUAUGGAGGCCAUUACGGAGGAUUGUAUGGUUUAGGUGGAUACGGUGGUUACGGCGGCCGUUACGGUUAUGGGGGAUUAUGUGGUUAUGGGGGAUACUGUGGUUACCCAGGCUUCUGUGGUUACGGAGGAUUAUGGGGAUAUGGGGGAUAUGGCCGUAGGUAUCUCGGUGGAUACUGUGGGUCAUGCUAAACCCAGCAGGAACUUCCGUGGAAGAAGGAAGAAUCAGGAAAUGAACAGCCAGAUACAGAUUCACCCCUGAUCUUUUGGGCAUGGCUUUCAGAAGUACUGGGCAAACAGGGCUCCAGCUGAACUCAGUGGGAGCUGUGUGUGCUCAGCACCUUGGGCUGACAGCCAUGCUGCCUUUCUAAUGUUACGCUUUAUGACUCUUUCUGCCAAGGCUU